AUGGAUCUUUUAAAGCCAAGUGGUAAUAAAUUAGCUUUAAAAUUAUUUGAAAGUCGAAAAGGUCUUAUUAAAGAACGUUCAAGACAACAAAGAGCUAGAAAUUGUGUUUGUAGAAAUGAUUUUAUUGAAGAAAUAAUUCUUGAACCACGUUUAAUAGCAAUUAAUUAUAUAAAAACUUGGUUUAUUCUUGAUUUAUUUUUAUCAGUAGCAAGUAUGGUUAUGCGUAUUCUUAAUUUACUAGCAUUAAUUAUAUUAUUAGCACAGUGGAAUGGGUGUUUACAAUUUAUGAUUCCAAUGUUUCAAAAUUUUCCAUCGGAUUGUUGGGUUGCAUUUAUUGACCCUUAA